AUGGCUGCCAUGGCUGCUGGAGUUGCUGCUAAACUUCCAAGUGCACUGAAGACCGAGAACGUUCUGGAAGCCAGCCAGUUCCUUGGUCAACCUGCCAGCACCCUCGCGUUCCCCGUCUCCGCAUCCUCCGCCUCCCGUAACUCUCUGUCCACUCGGUGCGCUGCUAAGGCUGAGGGCUCAGAUGGAAACAACGCGACAUCCCACACCCACACGAAGCGCGCCGUGUCCAGGCGAUUGAUUCUCGGCGGAAUGGCCGCCGGCAUGGCCGCCGUGGUCGGCUGCCCAAUCUGCGACUCGGGAUCGCCAUCCAUGGGUGCCGCGCUCGCUGCUGAUUGGAGCUACGGAGAGUUGUCAGGACCCAACGAGUGGGGUGCGGUGUGCAAGACUGGCGCUGCGCAGUCGCCGAUUGACAUCUCUUUCACGGCGCCUAAGAUCGUGUCGGAUAAUAGCAUUGGCAAGCUCGCCUUCGGGUACAAGCGCGCCGAUGCCACGUUCCUCAACACUGGCCACGGCACCAUGCAGGUGAAUUUCCCGGGCGGCAGCAACACGUGCGAGAUCGGCGGGCGCAAGCUGGAGCUGCUGCAGUACCACUUCCACGCGCCCAGCGAGCACUCGUUCAACGGCAUCCGUACCGCCAUGGAGGUUCAUCUCGUCCACCUAGUGCUUCUCUCCUCUCCGCUUCCGCCCUCAGUGCCAUCAUUACCCUCCCUCCUCAAUUUUUCCCCUUCUUCCCCUCUCUCCCCACCCCCUCUCCCUCCCCGCGCAAUCCCCCCUCCGCAAUUCCGCCCUCCGCGCAGGGUCAUGCUGGAGGCGGACCCCAAGGCUCCGCGGAACCUCUGCCUCGAGGCGGCUCUCGCCUUCUCGCCCAACGAGAAGUUUAAGCAGAUUGCGGGUCCAGUGGAGUGUUUCGAGGUGCCAGCAGUGGGUGGGGGCAAGCCCUUGAAGCAAUGCCUCAAGAUCCAGAUCAGCCCCGAGCCUCUCCUCCCCAAGCCUGACAGAGCGGUGCGUUUCUAA